AUGGGUUUAAUCGAGAACUUGACGAACGCCAACCCCCUCCACGUCGCUGGCUACGUGGUUGGGGCAUACGUCCUGUUACUGGUCUUUUACAGAGUCAGAAACGACUACUUGAUUCGGAAAGCAGGAGGUGUAAGGGCUCCGAUCAUUGCCUCUAACCCAAUCACUGCAAUUCCAGUAUUCCUCCGGAUCGGCCGGUACCAGCUCAGACACCAGCUUCUCGAAGGCCUUAACUCGCUUUUCACCGUCGCUACCCCUGAGUCACCAAACACAAUCGAGAUUGGGUUCACUGGCAGGCUUCGAUUUCUCAUCACCAAGGAGCCUGAACAUAUCAAGACGGUCCUCACUUCGAAGUUUGCCGAUUUUGGAAAGGGUCCUCUGUUCCAUCAGGUGUGGUCUCCGUUUCUGGGAGACAGCAUCUUCACGACCGAUGGCAAGAUGUGGCAGGAUAACCGCAGCCUCAUCAGGCCGAUGUUCAUCAAGGACAGAGUCAGUGAUUUGGCCAUCUUCGACAAAUGGACGAAAGUCAUGAUGUCUAAGUUCCCUUCUUCCGGGGUCACUUUUGAUAUCAUGGAUUUGUUCUACCGGAUGACGCUGGAUGUCACGACCGACUUUUUGCUGGGACACAGCGUCAACAGUCUCGAUAACCCGAAGAAUCACUUUGCCCAUGCGUUCAACGAAGUUCAGAGCUACCAGAUGUUCUACACCAUCAUGGCGCCCUUCCAAUCUAUUCUUCCCCACGGCAAGUACAAGCGCGGUAUUCGUGUGAUCGAAGAGUUUGUUGUCCCUUAUAUCGAAGAGGCACUUGCGUUGCCUCCCGAUGAGCUCGAGAAGCUCUCCAAGUCGGACAAGGACUUCACGUUCUUGCACAACAUCGCUCGCUUCACUCGCGACCCCAAGAUUAUCCGCGACCAACUCAUCGCCAUCUUGCUCGCCGGCCGCGACACCACAGCUGCGACGCUCUCAUGGACCAUUUACGAACUCUCUCGAUACCCCGCCACCUUUGCCAAACUGCGCAACGAAAUCCUUACCACCUUGGGGCCAAAUAAGGCACCUACGUAUGAGGAUCUUAAGAACAUGAAGUACUUGACAAACUGCCUGAACGAAACGCUGCGUCUGUACCCCGCGGUACCAUUCAACGUCCGCUCAGCACUGACGACGACGACGCUGCCCGGCCAGAACGGCGGCCCGGAUAUCGCGGUGUUGGAGGGCGACUCGGUCGUAUACAGCACGCUUGCCAUGCAGAGGAGAAGAGAGUUGUACCCCCCGGUCUCCGAGAAAUUCGCGGACCCCGCGAUCUACUCCCCGGAAAGAUGGGAGAAUUGGACGCCGAAGCCGUGGCAAUACGUCCCGUUCAACGGCGGCCCGAGGAUCUGCGUGGGUCAGAACUUUGCCAUGACGGAGAUGGCUUAUACACUGGUGCUAUUUUUGCAAAAGUACGACAGAAUUGAGUACCGCGGAAUCUGGAAUGAACAGGUCCUCAAGGCGGAGAUCGUCGGCGCCCCGGGACAAGGGGUGCCGAUUGCACUCCACGAGGCUAUUGAUGGCGAGAUGGCGUAA